GACACGAGUCAGUGGCGGUGCUGGUGAUGUGGAGCAUGUACCUGCUGGCCCGCCACCCGCACUGGCAGCAGCGGCUCCGAUCUGAGGUGGUGCGCGUGGUGGGGGGCGGAGGAGGAAGGGAAGAGAGGGAGGCGGGCACAGUUAAGGUGAACGAGAAAACUGAGAAGGAGGACGAGUCUGUGCAGGAUGAUGGAGCAGAGAGCAGCAGUAGCAGCGACAGCGGUGACAGCAGUAGUGGUGGCGGCAGCAGUGGGGAUGGCACGGACAGUGACAGUGAGAGUGACGCCAGCAGCAGCGACAGCACAGCCAGAGCGAGACACGGUUCUGUUCACGACAACGCAGGUCCGGCAGCACACACACAAGCAGCAGAGGCACGAGUAGCAGGCACAAGAGAAGCGGAGGCACGACCAAAGGAAGCUAACAGAGUGGAGGUCACAUGGGAGCAGGCGGGGCAGCUGAAGGACAUGCACAUGGUGCUGCUGGAAACUCUUCGCCUCUUCCCGCCCGUGCCCGUCGUCACGCGCACGAGCAAGCAGGACGUGCGCAUUGGCCCCUACGUCAUUCCCAAGGGCGUCGACCUGUUUCUGCCUGUUGGGUGCUUGCACGCUGACGAGCGCUACUGGGGGGCCGACGCACGCGAAUUCAAGCCCGAGAGGUUCCAAGAUGGACAGCAAGCAGCCUGCUCACACCCGCAGGCCUUCAUCCCUUUCUCCAGUGGUCCACGGGAUUGUGUUGGAGCCAUGUCGCGUAGAGCUGUCGACUCCGCUUCCGCCUCCCGCAAGAGCGCGCUUGCGGAGCUCGCUGCGCACCGCGCUAGCCGCCAGUCCGAUUUCGCUCCUCCUCCUGUCGCCAGCGACGAUGCCGGCGAUCAGGGGGACCAGGCAGUGCGACGCAAGCGACGGAUCGACACGUUCGAGCUGAAGGAGGAAGAUCGCCUGUACGACGUCGUCGACGAGUCGGAGUACCAGAAAAUCGUCGCACAGCGUCGCGCGGCGGGCGAGAACUUCGUGGUGGACGACAACGGGCUGGGGUAUGCGGACACGGGCCUGGAGGACGUGUGGGACCGACGCGACGACGACGACGACUCGUGGGAUGAGGACGAGGACGGCGGCAGACGGAAGAAGAAAGAGAAGAAGCCUGCAGGGCCCAGGCCGCGCCGGGAUGGCGUCGCCGCGCGGAAGGCGCUUUCCGCCGCCGCCGCGAUGAUGGGGAAGCGCCGUGGCGCCUCCAAUAUGUUUGCCGCUGCCGGCGCGCGCGCCGGCGGCCGGCAGGCUUCGGCACUGCCGGCCGGCGAGGCGCAAGCGGCGGAGGCGCUGCUGGAGGAGCUGAUUAACGACAUCGGCGCUGACGCGCACGAGCGCUUGCCAGACAAGAGAAGACGGAGAGGCGGCGGCGUGGCGGUGACCGUUACGCCCUCCGCGUGGCGGCCACUCGCACAGCACGCGAAGCCACCAGUCUACCCAGACGAUUUCCAUGACGCACCUGUCGUCACGCCGUCAAACGAGCCGGUCGUUUCUGCCGGCCGACAACAGCCGCCACCGCAGGCGCCGCCGUUUGCCGACGAUUCACCCUUUCCCGACAUGACCCCUGCCGCUGCGGCACGUGAGCACCAAGGGUUGAAUGCCGGUGCUGCUGGUGGAGGAGCAGGUACGGGUUCCGAGUCACCUAGUGCUAACGCAGAACCCAAUAGUACCGCCCGGAUAACUGGUGGUGGAGCUGGUACGAAGACAGGCGUUAAAGCAGAGUCUGGAGAGGAGAAAGUACCAGCAGCAGCGGCAGGCGAAGGGGUUGCAGCUGGGAAUGGUGCGGUAGAGGGAGGGCAGUCGGCCAAACCAGAUUCCGCCGAGGCGGGCCAGGCGCCGAAGCUGCAUGCUAGGCUCGGGGCGCUGGCUCAGGAGGAGAACGCGUCUGCGGCUUGGACGGCAGUAGCAGGGCAAACGGCUGUAGCAGGAAGUGCGGCUGUCGCAGGGUCAGAUGCGCCUGUGAGCGUGGAGGGGCUUCCGCUGGAUGCGGAUGGGAAGCUUCCGUUCUUCUUCCUAGACGCGGUGGAGGAGCCUUAUGGUGCGCUUCAGGGCACGGUGUUCCUGUUUGGCAAGGUGAGAGGGGGUCUGGGGGAGAGUAGAAAGGGGAUGCUUGGGAAGAGCGGCACCAGCAAUCCCAGCAGCAGCGGGUCGUUCGUGAGCUGCUGCGUGGGCGUGCAGGGCAUGCAGCGGUGCGUGUUCGCCGUGCCUCGCGAGGGGCUGUUUGAGGACUCCCAGCUGGCCGUGCUGGAGGCGGAAGAGCAGCAGGCCCGGGAGGAGGACGCGGGGAAAGCGGGGGUUGGGAAGGGCAAAGGCGGUGGGGUCAAGGGUCGUGGUGGGGGGAAGGGCGAGGAGGAGUCGGAGAGAGUGAAGGCUGCGCGGCUCAAGAAGAUGCGCAAGCUGCAUGAGCUAGCUACGCCUCUUAAGGAGGAGAUUCGCCAGCGACUCAUGGAGCGCCACGUGUCCUCCUUCUGCAUGAUGCCUGUCAAGCGUUCAUAUGCGUUUGAGAGGAAGGAUAUCCCCCGAGGCGAGCAGUAUGUGCUCAAGAUCACAUACCCUUACUCGGAUGCCCCUCUGCCUUCCGACCUCACAGGCACGCACUUCAGUGCUCUGCUGGGCACCCACACCAGUGCGCUGGAGCUGCUGCUGCUGAAGCGGCGCCUCAAGUGCCCCUGCUGGUUGGCCAUCGAUCGCCCCACCCGCAUUCACCCUGGCUCCCAGAGGAGCCACUGCAGGGUGGAGGUGUCAGUGGCAUCGCCCAAGCUGGUGGCGCCAGCAGCAGCAGAGAACGACCCUCCGCCCCUGGUGGUGGCGUCACUGAACGUGAAGACGGUGGUGAACCAUGGGAAGAACGUCAACGAGGUUGCUGCUGUCUCCGUGGUCUUCUGCCGAAAUGCCAAGAUUGAUCGACCAAUGGCGCGCAGUGAGUGGAGUGGGGCGGCGUCGCUUGGACACUUCUCAGUGCUGAGGCGGCUGGAGGGGGUGAUGUCCCCCGUGGGAUUCGAUUCUGCCAUCGCUGCAGCCAAUCAGAGGGCGGGGCGGGACGGGCCAGUGCUGAGCAAGAAGGGCAGCGAGAGGGAGCUGCUGAGCUAUCUCCUGGCCCGAAUGGGAAGGCUGGAUGCUGACGUCAUCAUAGGACACGGACUGGCAGCGUUCGAUCUCACUGUGCUGCUGCAGCGCAUGCAGGUGGGCUCUCAGGUGUUUUUUCAGGCCUGUCGUGUGGGCAACUGGUCGGCGAUUGGUCGGCUCAAGCGCACCCAGAUGCCCAAGCUAGGGGGCGGCCCUGGCAGCAACUGGGGCGGCGGAGGGGCGGCGCCGGGCCUGCUGUCAGCUGUGGCCGGGCGGCUACUGAUCGACACGAGCGUUUCGUCUCGAGAGAUACUGCCGAAGGAAGUGAGCCACUCGCUGUCGGCGCUGGCGGCAAGUCAGCUGGGGCAGACGCGGAGAGAGGUGGCUGCGGCUGAGGUGCCGGGCAUGUAUGGCAGCAGCGAAUCCCUGAUGAAGCUGGUGGGGCUGGUGGAAACAGACGCAUGGCUGGCCCUCACGCUCAUGUUCCAACUCUCCGUGCUGCCACUCUCCCGCCAGCUCACCAACCUCAGCGGCAACCUUUGGAACCGCACACUGCAGGGAUCCCGAGCCCAGCGAAUCGAGUACCUCCUGCUGCACGAAUUCCACCGCCGGAAAUUCAUGCUGCCCGACAAGCUGACCACAAAAGAAAAAGAAGCUGCCAUCUCAUCGGCCGCUGCUACAGCCUCGGGCAAGAAAAAGAAACGCAAAGGAGCGGGAGGGGAGAAGCAAGAAAAGGCAGCAGGGGCAGGAGGGGCAGGAGAGGAUAUUACAGUGACCCGGGGGGUGGAAGGGGGAGAGGAAGAAGAGGGGGAUGAUGAGAAUACUCUUGAGGGCGCCGAGGGAGGAGCAGGAGGAGCCAGGGGGAAGAAGGGAGGACGAGGCGGAGGAGGGGGUGAGGGGAAGAAGGGUCCGGGGUACGCGGGGGGGUUGGUGCUGGAGCCAAAGAGGGGGCUGUAUGACAAGAUAGUGGCGCUGCUGGACUUCAAUAGCCUGUAUCCGUCCAUCAUCCGCGAAUACAACAUCUGCUUCACCACCGUCGCUUGCCCGGAGGACCCUGCGUCUCUCCCGCAAUUGCCCGACCCCGACCCCCCUGGGGUGCUCCCAGAGGUGCUGGGCAUGUUGGUGCAGAGGAGGCGGCAGGUGAAGGAUCUACUCAAGAGGGAGAACGACCCGGAUGAGAGGCAGCGCCUGGAGAUCCGACAACAGGCGCUCAAGCUCACUGCCAACAGCAUGUAUGGCUGCCUGGGAUUCUCCAACUCUCGCUUCUUCGCCAAGCCCCUCGCUGAACUCAUCACCUCAAGGGGUCGGGACAUCCUGCAGAGCACGGUGGAUCUGGUGCAGAACAACCUGAACCUGGAGGUGAUAUACGGCGACACGGACUCCAUCAUGAUCAACACGGGGCUGGACGACCCCAGUCAGGCCAUUGCCAUCGCCCACCGCGUCAAGAAGGAGGUGAACAAGCGGUAUAAACUCUUGGAAAUCGAGAUGGACGGGCUGUUCCGCAGCAUGCUGCUGCUCAACAAGAAGAAGUACGCCUCCGUCAAGCUGGUGCUGGGAUCCAGCGAGCCCCCCAAAGUGCUGCGAGAGGUUUCGGAGCACAAGGGGCUGGACAUUGUUCGGCGCGACUGGAGCGUGCUGUCUAAGGAGAUUGGCGGAUUUUGUCUGAAGCAGAUACUGUCCGGCAGGCCGCGGGAGGAGGUGGUGGAGUCGAUUCACAAUGAGCUGCGCAAC